GCAGGAGUGCUAUAAAACCUGGGGAUCGAACUGCCAUCGACAUCACUUGAUCGGGAUACACCGUAAGGACACAAUGUUCGCCAUUUCGUGUGCAAGUGCAUGUGUACGAGUUGGCGUUCUACUGAUGAUCGCCGCCAUUGUGACUUGUGAUUAUGAUGGCAAUCAAGCGGCCAAUUUUGCGGACAGAAAUUUGGAAGCCAGUGUGCUUUGCAACGGAGGGAGGUGCGCGGAGACCGGCAACGGGAUAUCCGGUGCUAUGUGGUUUGGCCCAAGGCUGGGGAGGAAGAGAAGAUCGGAUGAAAAAAUGGAGACACCCGACGAGGAAAUCAACGCUAUGGCUGAUGUUAUCAACGGUGGACCCUGGGGCUGGCCUAUUUAUUCCGGUGGUGAAGAUAAACGACAGACGCAAUUCAUCCCCCGACCGGGGCGCGAGUUGCCCGACGAUUUUAUCGAAAAGUACAUGGCCUACGAUUUCGAUAAAAAUCGAUUAUUCCGUUACAUCGACGCCCAGGAAGACCUGAACCUCCAGCGUCACCAGUCGCCACCACCUCCUGUCCCCCAUUUUGCCCCACGGCUCGGACGUAAUGUGGCAUUCAACCCCUCACCGAGACUUGGACGUCACCUGCGAUUUGUGCGAAAAGCCUGAGACAUUCCCGAAGCCAUCACCGCAGGGGCAAUCGCCUCCUCGUGAUCAAUUUAUUUCAUGAACAUGCAUCUUAAUGAAUUCACUGAGAUAUUAUGAAGUAUUAUAAGAGGGCAUAUUUAUAUUUGUAUUUUAACAUUUCCACAUAACUAUUGUGCUGUAUAUAAAGUUCAUGGAGAUUAUUCGAUCACUUGUUUUUUUUUUAAUUUAUAAUUCCAAUUGAACUAUUCGGAAAAUCAAUUUGUUCAUAAAAAAAAUUUAAUCCUAGAU